UUUAUUUGAUAUUUGUUUGAGGACACGAGAAAAUGUAAAUCUUGACAAGCAGAAGGUUAAUUAGUUCGUGAGAUAAGACAGGUUUAUGAUGCCAGAUUCUCUCUUAUCCAGCUCGUUCGUGCCAAAAGCUGUUUAAUGUAUGACUGCGUUUACAGUACGCGUAACUAACCCCGCUCACCUGCAUGGAACUAACUAACCCUCCAAACGCUCUGUCAGCAGAAAAGAGCCAGCUGGAUGAGUGUCCAAAGGUGACAAUGACAAGAAUCGAGCGAGGAGCCGCCUCAGACGCAGAAUCAAGAGUCACUGGAGACCUGAAGCGAAUCAUCAGCGCGUGGAAAAGUGCCGACUCAUUCUCGGGAACGUGAGCCCGACAGGUGAUAUGCAGUGAGACCUCCGCGCAUCUCCCGCACAUCUUCAUCCUCGUCACCGAGCUGAACGCACGCGAUCAUGGGGCGCUACAGCGGCAAGACGUGCCGCCUGAUCCUGAUGCUGGUCAUCACCGUCAUCUUCUUCGUGGCGGAGAUCGUGGCGGGGUACAUGGGCAACUCCAUCGCGCUGGUGUCGGACUCCUUCAACAUGCUGUCGGACAUCCUGUCGCUGUGCGUCGGGCUGACGGCGGCGCGCGUGUCGCGGCGCGCGGGCUCGGGGCGCUUCACGUACGGAAUGGGUCGCGCGGAGGUGGUGGGCGCGCUGGCCAACGCCGUGUUCCUCGCCGCGCUCUGCUUCUCCGUGUCCAUGGAGUCACUGAAGAGACUCGCCCUGCCGCAGGCCAUCGAUGACCCGCCGCUCGUGCUGAUCGUGGGCUCGCUGGGGCUCGCGGUGAACGUGCUCGGGCUCAUCAUCUUCCAGGACUGCAGCUGCCUGCGCGCGAGGCGUCAGAAGGACGCGUCAGGGCCGCGCAAGGAGAAGGAGGAGGAGGAGGACGCGGCGGAGGAAGAGACAGGCCUGCAGCAGGAGAAGACUGGGAGUGAUGGACCUCCCCUGAACAUCAGAGGUGUGCUGCUGCACGUGUUGAAUGAUGCGCUGGGUUCAGUGGUGGUGGUGGUGGCCUCGGCUCUGUUCUAUGUGUGGCCCCUGGCCCCUGAGAGCCCGUGUAACUGGCAGUGUUACGUGGACCCCAGUCUGACGCUGGUCAUGGUGGCCAUCAUCAUGUCUUCAGCUGUUCCUCUGGUCAAAGAGACGGCUGGGAUCCUGCUGCAGAUGAGUCCCGUGGACCUGCCGUUCUCCACCGUCUUGGAGAGCGUGUGCAGACUUCCCAGCGUGGUGAGCGUCCAUGAGGCUCAUGUCUGGGAGAUAGCUAAAGGACGUAACGUGGCCUCGCUGCACGUCAAAGUGUCUUCUGAGCCGCAGGAAGUGUGUUGGGACAGACCUGCUCUUCACGCACAGAUCCAGCAGCUGUUCCACCGCGCCGGGGUCCACAGCGUCACGGUUCAGCUGGAGAGCGCUGAUGGAGAACCGGAGCGCUGCGAAGUCCCCUGUGUGUCGCCCGCGUGCCUCAAACUGUCCUGCUGUCCCUCCGGAGUGUCCACUGUGUACCGCGGGAGCCCUGUCCCUCCCUCAGGAGACGUCACCGUCCACAUGCUGCCUGAGAAAGACACGGAGCACGGAUCCACCAAAUGCACCAAGUUCUAGAUCUGGAAACCCAGGGGUUCACCGAACAAACAGACUCUGUGUUUAACUAUCCUCACCACUGUGCCUCGCUGCCCUUUCAGACUCCAGCUCAUGAUUCCUGCUGAUUGUUCUUCGUUAGUCCUUCACGUUUGAGUCCUGACAGAGACCAGAUCAUCAGUCAAACUAAUCAGACGCUUAUUUAUUGUUCUGCAGCAAUUCAGAGACACGUCCGGCUCAUAUUUCAGCCCAAAACACUUGAUCAAGUCGAAGUCUAAGAAUGUAAACAUGAUGAUAGCAUUUACCGUACUGCCUCUAAUGCUAAUGCUAGCUGCUAUAAGCUAAUAUGCAAUUAUUAUUACAAUUAUCAAUAGAUUUUGGGGGGAAACUGGACCUGGACAUGGUUUCAUGAAAUUCAUACCAAUAGCAUAUUUACAUUCCUUAUUGCUAUUUAUGACCUUUUUGUUCUUAAUAAUCUUUAUAACUUUUUGGUGAUUCAGGGAAACACUUAAUCAAUGAACUGAUAUUUAGUAGUUGUUGUUGUUGUGUGUUUGUUUGUAUUUGAAAGACAAUCAACUAUAAAAUCAAGCUUUAAAACUGUAUAAACUAAUAUUAAACAUGCUGGUUGAAUUCGGAUUUAAAUAAAAAAAGUGAACUGUGAA